GUCGGAGUCUAACCGUUCAUUUGAUUUGAUGCAAUUUAAGAAAAGUAAAAUUAUUUAAAAAAACAAUAUGAUUUUGUGACUAAAGAUUGAAGACUCGUAGGAAAGUCUGCUUACUAGACUUUGUGACGAUAAUCUUAAAUAAACUGUAGUGAAACAUCAAUCAAAUAAAAUUCAAGACAUGGAUGAAGUUGCAUUUAACAUAUUUAAUAAUUCAAAUGAUAACAACGACUGUGAUAAUAAUAAUGAUAGCAUAAGUAACAACGAACCAUCAAUUUAUGUUUUUGGCUAUGGAUCACUUGUGUGGAAUCCUGGUUUUGAGUAUUCCAAAUGUAUUACCGGAUAUAUCAGAGGCUAUGUCAGAAGAUUUUGGCAGGGAAAUGUAACGCAUCGUGGAACUCUUGAUCAGCCUGGACGCGUGGUAACAUUAGUGGAAGACAAAGAAGGAAUUUGCUGGGGAUGCGCUUACAAAGUUACUGGUGACCUUGCUCUAAGAUAUUUAGAGCAAAGAGAAUGCAAUUUAGGAGGUUACAUGACAGCUUACACAAAGUUCUAUCCUCGUGUUGCGACUGAGUUUUCUGGGCUUUCUGGAGAAGCUUUUCCAGUUCUUCUUUACAUUGCAACUCCAUCAAAUGAUUAUUGGAUGGGAGAGGACAGUCUAGAGAAGAUAGCUGAACAAAUUUCUACUUCAUCUGGUCCAUCAGGACAUAACGUCGAGUAUUUACUAAGAUUAGCUAUUUUUAUGAGAGAAGAAAUUCCUGGAGUUCAUGAUGAACAUCUCUUCGGACUUGAAAAGCUCGUCAGAGAAGAAUUAAUAAAACGAAAAGUUUGCAUAAUAUCUGUGAUGGGCAAUCAACCACAACGAAUCAAUCGUGACUUACACGAAUCUCAACGUAGACCUAUCAACUUUGAAUUUACUACAAAAGUUCAGGAGAAGCGAUUGCGUUGUCUCAAUAUUUGAGUCUGAUGUUUGUUGAUUUUAAUUUCGAAUUUAUUCUCAUGUUUUAAUUUCAAGUUUUGCUUCAUCUUCGUACAACAUAAAAUUAAAUUUAUGUUUCAAAAAAUAAAAAUUAAACAUGACAAAUGUUUAUUAAGUUUAUUAAUGAAAAGAAGU